CGUUGUACCAUUUGUUUUGUGCUUCCUUUCUGUGAGAAAAGUUACCAGACGAAAAUCGACAUAUUUCCAACGAAAGUGAGCAUUUUAAAACCAAAACUUCAUCCGCAGUUCAAAAUUAAGCAAACUAUGUCUCGUCGUUCGACCGUUUUAUCAACUGGUAAGGAGAGCUCCAAGGAGGAAAAGAAUCGAAUGACCCAAUUGGACGUUAUUAUCGGUCAGCUGAAGACGCUGGCGGUUGGAAACCGGAGGGCCGGGAAUCUAACCGAGGCCACCAUCACAUAUAUAUGCCAGGCGAGUCGGGAACUGUUUCUAUCCCAGCCAAUGCUCCUGGAACUGAGUGCUCCGGUAAAGAUCUGCGGGGAUCUGCACGGUCAGUUCAAGGAUCUAUUGAGGAUUUUUCAGCAGUGCGGUGUGCCACCGCUUUCAAACUACCUGUUCCUUGGGGAUUACGUGGAUCGGGGUCACUGCUCCAUCGAAACUUUAUCCCUGCUGUUGGCCUAUAAGCUUCGCUAUCCGGAGACUUUCUUCCUGCUGCGCGGCAAUCAUGAAUCGGCGGAUUUGAAUCGUGUAUAUGGGUUUUUCGACGAGUGCAAGCGACGAUAUAGCAUCAAAUUGUGGCGCUCCUUUGUCGAUUGCUAUGAGUGCAUGCCAGUGGCCGCCAUCAUAGCCGAUCGCAUCUUCUGCGUCCACGGCGGACUGAGUCCGGAUCUGAAUAACUUGGACGACAUCCGCCGGCUGAAUCGCCCCACCGAUGUGCCCAGCGAUGGGCUACUGUGCGAUUUGCUCUGGUCGGAUCCGGAUGAGACCACUGGUACGUGGGCGUCAAACGAUCGAGGUGUAAGCUUCACCUUUGGCGCCAACAUAGUGGAGGGUUUCCUCAUGCAGCACAAGUUCAACCUUAUAGUCCGCGCCCACCAAGUGGUCGAGGAUGGCUACGAGUUCUUCGCUGACCGCCAGUUGGUCACCAUCUUUUCGGCCCCGAACUACUGCGACAUCUUCGAUAACUGCGGGGCUGUUCUGGUGGUGGACGCCAAACUGGUCUGCCACUUCGUCAUCAUCCGUCCGAGACCCUUUUCGCGACCCACGGGCUUUGAGUCGGAUAGUGGAUCUACAGCGACCAAUGGACCACCGCCCUCCAUGAGGGAGAAGAGACUCUUUUAGGUUUGAUUGUUCAAAUCCUUCACUGCCUUUAUAUGUAAGGGAGUUAGUAAUAAUGGACAAAUAUUGUGAACCAAUUUUAUAAAACACAUGAAUUACGUAUU